GUCCCUCGAAAUUAGUUCACAGUAAUUUUUGAGUUUGUUAUUGGGAAACUGCUUUUGACCGUAUAAGGCCCAGACCGGAAGUCUCCCGUUGCUAGGAGGCGGAGAACGCUGGGGAUAAAAUGCUGCUUUCUGCUCUGCUGCCUGGAGGAUCGGUUUGAUUCAGGGUGCGCUGACUGUCAGGGUGUUCUCAGUCUGUUCGUGCUCCAGGGAAUGUGUUCCUCAUGGCCAGCGGCUUCAGCCAGGACUCCAUAGCGGACUUUCUGAGGCAGAGAGGAGGCACCGUCACGAGCCCUGAGCUACUGGAGCGUUUUAAAGCCGCGUUCCCACAGGAGCCGCACAGCAGGGCUGCUGUCCGCAGCAUCUUUAAGUCUUGCGUGGACAGCGUGGCUUUCGUGAAGACAGACAGCGGAGUCAAACAUGUCUGUCUGAGGAGACAGUUCCGUUACUGUCCUCCGUCCCCCUCACCUGACGACCAGGUGAGCCGCGAUGACGCAGCCGCGAGCGCUCAGGUACAGCAGAAAUCAGCGCGCGACUCAGGUUACGGAAAUGACUGGAGGAGAGUUCCGCAUAUUAUCACUGCAGAGAGCGACCAGCCGGACAAACCGGAGCAGGACUGUGGACAGCAGGGCUUGCUUGGUGUUCUGGAUGAAGUGGCCGGCAGCUCAGCUCACAUGGGGAACUCUGGGAGCUUCAGUACGCAGAGGAAGGACUCCAGGAAGGAAAAGGUCGCGAAACUUGCCAUUCCACAAAUCACAGUGAUUCAGGCUUCGCCGCUCCCUGUGGACGGAUCUGUCUUCAUCCUGCCUGGGCCUGAGUGUUCUGCAACUGCAGCUGACGUACACACCGACUGGACGCCUGAGGGCCUGAGAGAGGAAGAGCAACAAGGUCUUGCGUCUGAGCAGAGGUUCCUCUCCACCAAGCAAGACUCGGAGGACAAGGAGGAUGAACGCAGCAACUUGUCUGGCAGCGAGGACAGCUGCAGUCCGAAGGGCAGCCGGAAGCACUUCAUCCAGGUGAUGAUGAACAGUUCUCCUGAAGUGAGGAACAGUAUAGAACUCCGCAGCCCCGUCUGCCUCACCCCCAGGAGCGACGGUGACUCGGCCUCGCUGGGCUCUGCCAGCCUGGACGUGGACAGGACCUCCGUCACCCUGGACCCUGCGGAACACGAGUGGAUGAUGUGCGCCUCAGAUGCAGAGUGGGACAGCCUCCACGCCCUCCUCAGCAAUGAACCCAACCUGGUCCUGAAGAAGGACUUUGUCACUGGUUUCACCUGCCUGCACUGGGCUGCUAAGCAUGGCAAGCAAGAGCUGAUUGCUCUGAUCAUCAACUUUGCCAAACAUCACAACCUUCCCAUUAGCGUGGAUGUUCGCUCCAACAUGGGCUACACGCCGCUGCACAUAGCUGCCAUCCACAGCCACAUGGAGGUGCUGAAGCUCCUGGUGGGGGCUUAUAACGCAGACGUGGAAAUCAGGGACUACAGUGGGAGGAAGGCCUGUCACUACCUCACCAACAACGUGAGUGUGGACAUUAGAGACAUCAUAGGAGCAUAUGAACUCACUGAAUCCAAAGGUGCAGAGCCUAGGAUUGGAGGUCGCUGGAGGUUCUCCAAAGUCCUUCAGAACAACCUGAAACCCAUCCACCGGCUCAGCCUCGGAGACAGCGACCUUACGGGCGGCGAGGACCACCUCAGGAGCAAACCCGUCCGGAGGAGGUCUUCGCUUAGCAGGAUGAAGCCCAACCUGCAGAAGAUACGCCAGAGGGCGUCCCAGCUCGUUCACAGCACUUCUUUCCGGGAUAAACGGGAGCUGGAUGAAUCUGAGGAGAAACCCUCGAGGAAUCUUUGAUUCCCUCACUCCUUGAUGCUUCACACUGCUGGUCAGCUGGCUGAAAGAAGGCUUCUGAUUUCUCCCUUGCAUACAACAAAAUCUGAUUCAUCUGCAUAGAAAUAUUUCCAGUCGUGAAAAGCAGGAAGCACCGCUUCUCACCUCUUUAAGCUUGCAUUGCUGUUGAGCAACUGACUGCAGACUUCAACAGAGCAGAUAGCCCAACUAAAUA